CUGUGGUAGUGGGAAUAUGCUGCUCGCUGCUCCGCAACUCUUGAAUACAAUUCCUUCUGUCACGUUCAUUAGAGUCUCUAGAAAAAAUAUUAACACGCUAUACCUUUCACCAAUGAAGAGAACUUCACGCAAAAACUGCCAUCUUAGAAAAUUAUAAGAAAUUAUUAAAAUAAUGAACAUUUGAGUGUUGAGGGUUGACUCCUGACACGAGUAUCCUCUUGUCAACAUCUGAAAUCAAACUUAAUCAAAUUGCCAGUUUAUUAAAUGGAAACAACAAGCACACAGGCUCUUGAAACAGCAAGGCACGCUGAGUUAUAAGCGUGUGAUGGAGAUGCCGGUGUUUAAAUAAGUUGGUAGAGUGUUAGUGUAUGGUGAGGUGGUGCCCUAGAGGCGGUCCAGCCAUCACCACCAUACUUAACAUUACUCCUGCUCUUCACUCUUAUAUAAUCCUCAAGGGUAACACGAUCAUGUGUGGUCGCUGGAUGGCAUCACCCACACCCCUGCCGUCUCUGCUGACGUUGCUGCUGUUGCUUCUGCUGCUGGAUGUCACCACUAUAGGCGCCGAGUUCGGUAUCGGGUUCACCCGCUGGCCGGAGUCGGUAGUGGCUGCGGUACCCGGAACGCAAGUUCGACUUCCCUGCGCCACCAACGUCACCGCUGAGAAGAUUUCCUGGCAAUACAACCAUCACUUCUUGCUGGCCGACACCCCUAGCGACGUCCCCGCCGCCGCCGCAGCCGCCCACCUCCAGAGGGCGCCGCCGUUUGAGGUCCACGAGACGAAGAACGGCAGCGAAUUGGUGGUGAAUCUAGAGCGGCGGGAAGGACAGUAUCGUCACCAACUGGGGCUGUACCAGUGUGUGGCAUGGUUCGGUGCUAUAGCGUUGACCUCCCUGCCAGGACGACUGGUGGCAGCUACGCUGGAGUCGUACCCUGCCGGGAGUGCCGCCAGGGAGAUGCAGGAGGUACUGGAGGGAGGAGCCGCCAGGGUGGAGUGUGGGGCACCCACAUCAGUGCCAGAAGCUGUCAUCUCUUUCUACAAGGAUGGUGUCCUUCUUAACGCAACUGCCAUCUCAGGGUACCGCCUCACCCCCCACGGUGACCUGCUGGUGCACGGGGUGGGUGCGUGGGCGGCCGGAGAGUACACCUGCAGCGCCCACAACCACGUGCUGCGGCAGAGCGCCGCCCCCGCCGCCCACACUGUGGUGAGGGUGGUGGCCAGGACCCAGCUCACACCUGCCUCACCCCCGCAGUUCGUCACCCUCAGAACCAUCUAUACCGCUCACACAGGUUCCAAUGUGACUUUGCUGUGCUUGGCCAAUGGUCAUCCAAAACCAACACUGCAAUGGUCAAGGUAUGGAGGGAGGCUGCCAUUGAGGAGCAUACAACAGGAAGAUGGUUCAUUGCUCAUCACCCAGCUGGCAGCACAAGAUGAGGGCACAUACCUGUGUCGUGCAUACAAUGGUCUCGGUACAGAGAUCUUGCUGGAUGUACCACUAGAGGUACUAGAGGCUCCAAGCAUAACUUUGGCACCAGAGUCUCAAGAUGUGGAAGAAGGUAAAAGCGUCACUUUGGCAUGUACAGCAGUGGGUUACCCACACCCCAAGAUCAUGUGGGUCUUCAAUGGAGGAUUAGUAAGGAAUGAUGGCAACAUCUUAAUAACAGAAAAUGGUUUGACCAUUGGGGUCGUGGAAAAAGAGCAUGCAGGGAUCUUCCAGUGUUUUGCUCAUAACCCAGAAGGCACUGUACAGAGUGUAGCUGUGAUCAGUGUAGUGCCUAAGACUGUCACUGUUGAUCCACGAGCUACCCUCCACAAUGAUUAUGCAGCCAGUGAAACUACUGACAAUCGAAGAUGGCGCAAUGGUCAGAGGCGAGAAGGUGGUGGAGGAGCUGGAGGAAGAGGAGAUAUUAAUGGUGGGGAAAAAAGAAAUCAUGGUCGGAAUAAUGGAAGUGAACAUGGAGAAGCAUCAAAACAAAAUGAUGAGAACACUGGUGAUCCCCCUAUAACAGGGGAUACUGCAGGGUGGAAGAAGAAAACAAAGAAAGGUUUAAUGGUUCCACCAUCUAAGCCCAGGAUGACAAAGGUGUCAGAUGAAUCGGUUAUGGUUACAUGGGAUGCUCCACAAGCUUCAGGGUUGCCUAUUCUUUUUUAUAAGAUCCAGUAUAAAUUAGUCCGGAGCCGAGGGAAUCGUGGAAGCCGCUGGAUGACUGUCGAUGAAGACAUUCCACCCCAUAUCAACAGCUAUGAAGUGACGGGUCUGCAAACUGCUCACACUUACAGGUUUCGUAUUGCUGCUGUAUAUGCUAACAAUGACAACAAACUUGGGCCAAACUCUCGUCGUUUUCUUUUGGAGAAGGAUUUGACAAUUCAGCGUCCUGCUUAUCCGCCAACUAUAGUCAGUGUGACUCCUCAGGGUCCCACUUCUGUUAAACUAGAGUGGGAGUACAAGCCUUCUCCCGGUGUACCUGUGGAGGGCUUCUUUAUUAACUAUCGUGAAGCAACAAUAGCUGGAGAAUACACUAAGGUUACAGUGUUGGGACCUGCUAAGAGAAGUUUUGUAAUACUUCAUCUUAAGGCUAACGUCUCCUAUGAUUUUAAGAUCCAAUGCUUCAAUAUUGCGGGUGCCUCGGAGUUUUCAGCUAUAUAUAAUAAGAACGCAGUGGGUUCUUCUCUGAGCACAACUGAAGCACCAAUCAUAAUUAACACCUUAGUGCCCAUAUUCAACAAUGAUGACCUUAGCCUGUCCAAUAUUCAUCUUUAUAUUAUUCUUGGAGCUGUGCUUGCAUUUUUACUUCUUAUUGUGAUUGUUUCUGCAACAGUAUACACCUGCCGCAACAAACACACUGAUGAUGACACAAGAUCAACCAAAUAUGAAGACACAUCUCUCCACAUCCAUCGAGAAACUGCCACCUAUAUAUUACCCCACCAGCAGAAUAAUGGACAAACUCCAAAUGGCUAUCUGUCUCAUCAGGGUAUUGCUGUUUCUCCUGGAGAUGGUGAGAAGGUAGCAAUAGAAAGUUCCUUCAUUGAAAACAACAAUCAUAACACUCAGCCAGUGGAGAGAUGUUAUACACCCUCUGCUAGACGAAUACCUCUAGAAGAUGGCAGUGCUGAAUCUGAGGUUAAAAUUCCAGUAUUGCCUAGAAAUUCUAGUGACAAUUGUGAAAGUGUUGUGCGGCCCUGUAGUGAUAAAGACCACAACCAGAGACUGUGCAUAUCGUAAUGAAAAUCUGCUGAGUUGUUCAGUGGAAACAUGAAUGUGUAAAAUAUCAUUAGUGUUGUUAUGGAUAUUUGUGCAUUGAAAUCAAAUCCUGUA